AUGCAGGGCUACCCGGGUGCGACGCCGCAUCUUGAUUACCGCCUCGGGAUGCCGAAGCCGUUUUUUGAGUACUAUGUGACACUAAUGCCGCAGGCGGCGGUUGAGCACCGCGUGCAUCUGGGGGAUGGGGGGAGCUUUCUGGUGGACCCGCCGCCGGAGACGAGGGUGUGGCCGCGGCAGCAGCCGAGCUGUGCGGUGACGGAAAACGGUGUGGAGCUCGGGAUGUUUGGACGAACGGUUAGGGGACCGUUGGGGUGGGUUGUGCAUGCGAGAAGUGGAGAUAAGGGGAGUGAUGCUAACGUUGGGUUCUGGGUGCGGUUCCGUGACGAGUGGGAUUGGUUGAGAACGCUGUUGAGUGCAGAGAUGGUAAAGGAGUUGCUGGGGGAGGAGUACAAUGGAAAAGAUAUUGACCGCUUUGAGUUGCCGAGCGCUAAUGCUGUGCACUUCCUGUUACAUGAUCAUCUUGAUCGUGGGGUUAGCAGUACAAGCUCCUACGACUUCUUGGGGAAGAAUGUUGCUGAGUUUCUUCGGUCGAGACAUGUGGAUAUGCCUGUAAAAUUUCUUGAUCGGGGGAAGCUUUGAGAGAGUGGGGUGGCAAGACAAAUGAGCACCUUGGUCAGUCUUCCAGCUGCGCAUUUGUUUGUUAUUAUUUGAGG